AUGGAGGACACAUCCAGCCAGAAGUCAGGACCAAGCAAAGAUGCACUGAGCUCCCUGACCUCAGUGGAGGCUCCUGCCAAAUUUAUCCAUGUCAAACUGGAGGAGUAUGAGCCCACAGACUUCAGCACCAAGGAACUCAUCCAAAAGAAAGCCAGAGAGGUCUGCACAUGCAACCAUCAAACCAUCCCCACCUUCCUCUGCCGCCUGUUCCCAGUGCUGGACUGGCUCCCCCACUACAACAUCAAGACACAGUUGCUUGGGGAUGUCAUAUCUGGGCUCCUGGUGGGGAUAGUUGCCAUCCCUCAGUCCAUCUCCUACUCCCUCUUAGCCAGCCAGGAUCCUAUCUACGGAAUCUACACCAACUUCUUCUGCAAUAUCAUCUACGUGGCCCUGGCCACGUCGCGCCACAACUGCGUGGGCUCCUUUGGGGUGCUGUGCCUGAUGGUUGGGCAGUCUGUCAACAGGCACCUCCAGCUCGCGGGGUACAGUGAUGACAGCUCUUCCCUGCUGGGCAACACCACCUCCUCCAGCAAUGGCACGGCUGCCUGUGACAGGAGCUGCUAUGCCAUCACUGUGGCCCUGUCCUUAAGCUUUCUGGUUGGGCUUUACCAGAUCCUGCUGGGGGUUUUACAGCUGGGCUUUGUGGCUGUCUACCUGUCAGAACCUCUCCUCGGUGGCUUUGUGACCGGCUCCAGCCUCACCAUUAUCACCUCCCAGAUGAAGUAUCUCCUGGGACUGAAAAUCCCUCGGCAUGAAGGAGUGGGAUCCUUCAUCCUGACCUGGGUUGACCUUUUCAGGUCCAUUCAGAACACCAACAUCUGUGACCUGGUCACCAGCCUGGUUGCUCUGGCCAUCAUAGUGCCUGUCAAGGAGGUCAAUGCCAGGUACAAGGAGAAGAUGAAGGCCCCAUUCCCCAUCGAGCUGCUGGUGGUCAUUGUAGCCACAGUCCUGUCUCACUACUUCAACUUUGAAGAGCACUACCAGUCUGCUGUUUGUGGGGAUAUCCCCACUGGUUUCAGGAAACCCACCCUGCCAGAUAUAAACCUGUUUUCCAGCCUGGCAGUUGAUGCUCUGCCCAUUGCUGUUAUUGGCUUUGCCAUGACUGUGUCCCUGGCAGAAAUCUUUGGCAAAAAGCAUGGCUACACUGUCCGUGCCAACCAGGAGAUGAUUGCCAUUGGAAUGUGCAACCUCAUCCCUUCUUUCUUCUACUGCUUUGCCAGCUCUGCAGCCCUGACCAAGACACUGCUGAAGGAGUCUACAGGGACCCACACCCAAGUCUCUGGCUUGGUCACCUCCCUGGUGCUGCUGCUAGUGCUGCUGUGGAUUGCUCCACUCUUCUACUCCCUGCAGACCUCCAUCCUGGGGGUGGUCACCAUUGUCAACCUGCGUGGAGGCCUAAGGAGGUUCUGUGACACCCCCAGGAUGUGGCAGCUCAGCAAGCUGGACACAGUGGUGUGGUGGACAACCAUGCUGUCCUCCACACUGAUCACCACAGAGAUUGGGCUCCUCGUGGGCGUCUGCUUCGCUCUGCUCUGUAUCAUCUUCCGCACGCAGAGACCCAGGGCCACACUCCUGGGCAAGGUCAGCAACACUGAGAUCUACGAGGACCAAGCCACCUACAAACAGCUCAGCAGCAUCACCAACAUCAAAAUCUUCCGCUUCGAGUCACCCCUCUACUAUGCCAACAAGGACUAUUUCAAGGCAGUUCUGUACCAGAAAACUGGGGUAGAUCCUGUUCUCUUGGCUGCUAAGCACCAAAGGGUGCAAGCCCAGGCAAACAGACAGACAGGAAACACCAAGAGCUUUUUGGGCACCAAGUUGGACUGCUUCAAACAGGCCAAGAAAAGGGCUGAGAAGCCUCCAGCAGAUGCUUGUCCUCCCUCCGUAGAUAUGCACACCUUAAUCCUUGACUGUGGGGCAAUGCAGUUCAUAGAUACUGUGGGUCUCUCUGUGCUAAAGGAGACACAUCAUGACUACAAGGAGAUUGGUGUCCAGGUGCUCCUGGCCAACUGCAACCCUUCCAUCCGCCACCGGCUGCGGGAGGGAGGCUGGACUGGUGGGAAGGGCUGUGAGGGGCACUUGGCUUUCCACAGCAUCCAUGAGGCUGUGCAGUUUGCUGAGCAGUGGUACCAUGUGCACCAGGAGCAAAGGAAGGAGAAACAGGAUGCUCUGCUGGACCCUGUGGACCUGAACUUCCAGGUGUCUUUGUAG